UUGUGUAUGAACUGGACUUUGAACUUGUUGUUAUCAAGUGUGAACUGGCUCAACACGGAGAAGGAGCAUGAGAACAGGGAAGGGUCGGACUGAGCAGACUGAAGAUGAGUGGUUAUGAGGAAGAAGAGGAGGACAGAGCAGAGUCUCCAGUGUUCAGCUGUGUGUCUUUGAAGAGUACCUGGUCCAAACAUCCUCCUCCAGACUUCAGUAAUGAACCUGGACCCUCACACACAAAAGAGAGGAAGAGGAUUCAUGUUUCUGAGGAGGAGCAGUCAUCCUCCUGUGCUUCGUGUCAGGACGUCCUGAAGGAUCCAGUCUCCACCAGCUGUGGACACUGGAUCUGCAGACAGUGCAUCACCUCAUACUGGGACCAGUCUGGUUCUUCAGGAGACUCCUCCUGUCCCCAGUGUGGAAAAGAUCCAGAACAGGAGCUGGAGAUUCCCAGAUUCUCUGUCUCUGACAUUGUUUCUUGUCUUUCAGCAGAUCGUGGUCUGCAGGAGGUUUUAGAUGAACAUAAGCUCAGUGUGAGGAGGAGAUGUGAACAUGUGACUGAAGGAACUGAUGAAACAGGAAGUAGAACCCUCCUCAACAGGAUCUACACUGAGCUCUACAUCACAGAGGGACAGAGCGAAGAGGUUAAUACUCAACAUGAGGUGAGGCAGCUUGAGACGGCGUCCAAGAUGAAGAGCCUCCACGACACUCCCAUCAAGUGCCACGACAUCUUUAAAGCCAUAACUGACCAGCAGAGCAGCAUCAGAGUCGUCCUGACCAACGGCAUCGCUGGCGUUGGAAAAACCUUCUCGGUGCAGAAGUUCACUCUGGACUGGGCAGAGGGUUUAGAAAACCAAGAUGUCCGUCUGCUGAUUGUGCUUUCGUUCAGGGAGCUGAACCUGGUGAAAGACCAGCAGUACAGUCUUCUCGAGCUGCUCCAUGUUUUCCAUCCAACAUUACAGAAGCUCACGGCAGAGACGCUCGCUGUCUGUAAACCUUUGUUCAUCUUUGACGGCCUGGAUGAAAGCAGACUUUCUCUGGACUUCAACAACAGGAAGGUUGUGUCUGAUGUCACACAGAGCUCAUCAGUCAACGUGCUGCUGACAAACCUCAUCCAGGGGAAACUGCUUCCCUCGGCUCUCGUCUGGAUAACCUCCAGACCUGCGGCGGCCAAUCUGGUCCCUCCUACAUGUGUUGACAGGGUAACAGAAGUACGAGGCUUCACUGACGCCCAGAAGGAGGAAUACUUCAAGAAGAGAUUCAGCGAUGAAGAGCUGUGCAGCAGAAUCAUGUCACACAUCAAGGCGUCCAGGAGCCUCCACAUCAUGUGUCAAAUCCCAGUCUUCUGCUGGAUCAGUGCUACAGUUCUGGAGCACAUGUUGACCACAGACCAGAGAGAAGAGCUGCCCAAGACCCUGACUGACCUGUACUCGUACUUCCUGCUGGUUCAGACAAAGAGGAAGAAAAACAAGUACGGUGAGGGACAUGAGACGACUCCACUGCAGCUGACGGAGGCUGACAAGGACGUUCUUCUGAAGCUGGGGAGGCUGGCGUUUGAACAUCUUGAGGAAGGAAACAUCAUGUUCUACCAAGAAGACCUGGAGCGGUGUGGCCUUAAUGUCACCGAGGCCUCGGUGUACUCAGGACUUUGUACUGAGAUCUUCAGAAGAGAGUGUGUGAUCUUCCAGAAAUCAGUCUACUGCUUUGUUCAUCUGAGCAUUCAGGAGUUUCUGGCUGCAGUCUACAUGUUCCACUGUUACACCCAGAUGAACACAGAAGACAUUGACACCUUCCUUGGAGAAGACUUACAAUCCCGGGACUCAAUGCUGAACCGUCUUCGCUGUUACCUUUUAAAGUUUUUCCGAACAACUAAUUUCUCUGACCCAUCUCUGGUUGACCUCCUGAAGAGAACCAUGGAGAAAUCCCUCACCAGUACAAAUGGUCAUCUGGACCUGUUUGUUCGCUUCCUUCACGGCCUCAGUCUGGAGUCCAACCAGAGAGUCUUAGGAGGCCUUCUGGGUCGGACAGAGAACAAUCCAGAGAUCAUCCAGAGAGUCAUCGACAACCUGAAGGAGAUGAAGAGUGAUGACAUUUCUCCUGACAGAAGCAUCAACAUCUUCCACUGUCUGACUGAGAUGAACGACCACUCAGUACAUCAGCAGAUGCAAAGGUUCCUGACGUCAGAGAACAUAUCAAAGGAGAAACUCUCUGAGAUCCACUGCUCAGCUCUGGCCUACAUGCUGCAGAUUACAGAGGAGGUUCUGUAUGAGUUGGACCUGAAGAAGUUCAAGACAUCAGACCAGGGUCGACAGAGACUGAUCCCAGCUGUGAGGAACUACAGGAAGGCUCUGUGA